UCUAGUUCCUAACCCCAAAAGCCUAUUCGUAGGAAUUAAGAAAUAGAAGCUAAAUCAAACCCUACAAAUCCUUGCCUAUAUAAUCUCUCGCAGCUGGCCACCGAGUGAAAACCCUCCAUGGCUAUUAAGCGUGUCUCUGAAAAUCCGCCACCUGCCUCUUUCGAAGAGGAAGAAGAAGAGGAAGACGACUCAACCGAAGAAAACGACAGCGUUGUGUACGAGCAAAACGAUGUCGCUGAUGUAAAAGAAGACGACGAUGAGGGGCCACAGGAGUCGCCUGUGCUAAACAAGUCCGCUGUCCCUGCAACUCCUCCAAAAUCCAGCUCGGCUACUGAGUCAGACUCCGAGUCGACUCAGCCAUCUCUUUCCCCUUCCGCCUUCACCAUCAAGCUCCAUAAACGCACUUCAAAGCCUAACAAAUCAGUUUUAAAGCGACCCGCGGACUCCGACAUCAUAGCCUGGGAAAGACCAAGUAAGAAAAAUAAGGCGACCGGCGGUGGCGAUGAGGAGGAGGUGAAGAAGGGGUCUGUGAUCCAACGGCUGUGGAGCGAGGACGAUGAGAUAGCCAUCUUAAACGGCUUGAGUCAGUACAAGUCCGAGAAAGGCGCCGAUCCUUAUGCCGAUAUGGGUGAUUUCCAUGAAUUCAUCGAGAAAUCUCUACAUGUGGAUGUGUCGAAGAAUCAACUCAUAGACAAAAUCAGAAGGCUGAAGAAAAAAUACCAAAACAAUCUCGAAAGAGGUGAAAAUGGCCGAGACCCUGUUUUCUCUAAACCCCAUGAUGUCAAAUCUUUCGAGCUCUCGAAGAAAUUCUGGGAUGGUGGCAAAAGUAAUGAAAAAAAUGAUUCUGUAAAUCGAAGUGGCAAGGUUAAUAGCAGCAACGGCGGUGGCGGUGGCGGUGGUGGUGUUACCUUGGCGCUGGCAAAUCAAAGGAAGGGGAAUCAAUUGAGACCCAGAAAGGAAAUGCAGGCUCCGAACAGGCAAGUGAAAAUUGAAGAGAAUCAUCAAGUGAAGGGUGAUGAAAAGAUGCAAGAGAAGGGAGAGGAUGCGGAGGAGGAACUGUGGGAAAUGUAUCCAUUUUUGAGCGAGUCGCUAGAGAUGGACUGCUUAUCUGAGGGGGUGAAGGUGAUUCUGAGGCAGCAGAUGGGGAUGAUUGAGAAAGGGAAGUUGAAGGAGUUGGAGGACAAGUGGAAGAGGUUGAAACAAGCUGAAUUGGAGUUGUUUGUGCAGAGGAUGGAGUUGGCUCAUGAACAAGUUAAGUUGAGUCUGGAUUCAAUCAAGUCUGGAGAGUCCUAGCUAUCUGAGAUUUGGUACGUAGCCUUGUUUGAUUGGUUUUGUUAAAUUUAAGAGUCAGAUAUCUAAAAUUUUUGUUCAAGAAUUUUGAUCUGAGUCUUGGCAAAAUUAGAAGGCAAUUAAUUCAUGUUUUGUUGGUUUUGUUUCCUCGAGUGUCUGAGUUCUUAACUUUGGUGAGCAGCUUUGGGAUUAUAUAAGAUUUUUGCUAGAUGGAUAUAUCUUCAUUAUGGAAUGUACCAUUCUAUGUUUAUCUCC